CUAGUUUUGUGUUAUCUGUAUUGUCUGUAUCUUGGACCACCUAAACCUAAAAGUCAAAUUAGGGACAAAAUUUCAGUGACUAGAAUUUAUUAAAAUUAUGAAUAAUAUCGUGGCAGAAUGCUGUAAAAUUGUCAUUAGAAAACAUUGAUAACAUCAGUGAGCCUCUAGGGCGCUUACUUUGGCUUUAAUAAAUUUAUAUCCUUCAGUAUUCACCUUGCCACCUUGCACUGUAGUGGUUUUCAAAUUUGAAAUGAUAUUUUUGUACUAAUAACAUAAAUAUGAGAUAUAAUAAACAAGAAUUGGCUGCAUUAGCAUCUCAGACGUCACAGAAUUUCGAUCGGGAAGGUGUAUUAGUACUUAAAGAGAGACAGGAUGGAUUUUUCAGAAGAUCAGAGGGUUGCUCGGUCCGGUGGUUCCGUCUCCGAGGUAACCUGCUGUUCUAUUUGAAAGGACCAGAACCAUGGUACGAGCCCAUGGGAGUCAUAGUACUAGGACAUCAUCACAUCAAGGUACAGUCCCAGGAUGAAAAUGGACAUUGGCCCUUUCAGAUCACUUGGGACAACGGUGUGUGUUACAAAAUGGCGACGUUUCACGAAUCAGAGAGGACGUUGUGGCUAAAGGCGAUAGAAUUGGCGCCCUACGAUAAUAUUCAAGCGCAAGCGGACGCGCUGAGGGAAAGACUGAACAAAAUCAGACCCAAUUUAGAUAUAGCUACUUAUAGACUGCAGAAAGGAAUUGUGACUGAUAUGAACGAAGUGCCGCUCUGUGAGUUGGCACUGUCUUGUGACAAUCUCCUAUGUGACACGCACGGCCGACCGCCCUCGCCUCUCGUUGUCAUCUACGUCAAGAACGAUAAAGGACUCUGCAUUAAAUAUGGAGCUACUGAGAUCGUUGAGACUUGCAGCAAUCCGUGCUUCUCAAAGACCAUACUGUUUCGAGCGAGUGACGGGCUGACGGGGUCUGCGUUGGUGCGUAUAGUGGUUUACGACGUGAAGGAGCGGGUCUCCGAGACUAUAGUACCUAUGGGGUACACGUCAAUGCUGCUUAGCACCAUACAGGAAGCGCAGAGGUUACGGGUGGCGCUCAUCACUCGUGAUCAAAAGACAGUUGGCUUCGUAACCAUAAAUGGGUGGAGUCUAGAACCUUCCUACAUAGGCACGAGCCCGAGUCACACGAACGACAGAAACUGUAUAGACAUACCUCACAAAGUACUGUGCCAUAGACGUUCACAGUCACUACCACCAAGACUCGGAUUAAAGCUAAAGUUCCCUUCAUAUGGCAGUCUCUUGAAACAAAACUUUGUCAAUAGCCAUCAAGUCACUUAUAGGUUUCAUUCGGGCCUCGGCGGCGAUAUAACGGUACACGAGAUCAUGGCGGAACCGAAAUUGUGUUUUACAAUGCCUAUACAGCUGCUAGAUAUCUACAUUCAGAGAGAAAAGGAACUCUUAGAUGAACUUCUCUCAGUUGGGGAGAUUUGCGGUCAAUGGCAGACGAGGCAACUAGACCUCGUCAGCACGCACGUGUCAUUACUGAAACAUUACUGUCAUUCACGACGAUGUAUGCUUAGUAUGGAGAACCAGCACUUUAAAGCGAGCAGUAGAAAGGAUGAUGCGAGCUUGGAAUUCGCCCCAAUCAACCUGCACUUACAACGUAUGUGGGUACACAACGAUACACUGAACAAGACUGGCUUCCACGAUAUAGUCACCGUUGGAGCGUUCGCCACACACACGCAUAAAUCUGAGCGCACCGGAGGAUUAAUAAGGCUAGUACAACAAGUGAAGGAUAUCAACAGCACUAAAGCGGAGAUGAAUUCCAUCACGAAUAAAAUACAGGCUGAGUACGAUAACUUGGUGGCAGUGAGGAGACUCCGCGAAGGAAUCUCCGAAGAUAUGGAGAAGAUUCUCAUGUUGAUGCAGGCCCAGCAAUAUGGAGCCAUCACUCCAGUUGUAGAAGGUAUAAAAAGCAAAGCAAAGAGUAUACUGGCGCAGUGGGAGCCCGCUGUGGUCGAGGAGUCACUGUCUUAUAUCGGCUGGCCAAAGAACAAUAGUCCAGAUGAAGCUGAUACACACAACGAAACACAACAGACAAUGUCAACAAUAAUGCGGUUAACAGAACAACUGAGUAUGUUCGACACGAACUCAGACUGCGAUACGUUCGACGCUUCAUCGAGUUCAAGUUCCAAAGAGACCUCUCCUACUGGGGAGACACCUACCCUCUCGUCAAGCGUACCAAACAUCUCCAACUAUCCGAAAAAGAAGGUUCCAGAAACAGAACUACAAUUUCAUAAUGACUACUUCAAGAAUGAGAUAGAAGAAAGGGACAGAGGGGGUUUGAAUCACUCGUUUCGAUCUGUGAGAUUGUCUAAGCCAAAGAUAGAUGGGCAAAGUUUAUCGUUUGAUUAUACUAAGCGACAUGGCAGUCUGAGACACGACUUUAAGAGCUCCGCAUCCUUGGAACAAGUUUCUUAUAGAAGUUUAGUCGACAGCCUCAGGAAUGAUAAGAGAAAGGCGAUAGAGUUAAGGCGGGAGUCAGCAACAUUACCCGCUAUUGGACAACUGGAUCAAGCGACCAGAGACAACAACCUAGCGUUCCUAAGAAACGUCGGAAUCGUAGUCGAAGACUCUCUUACGUGUCUUGUAGAAGAAUUAAAUCGAAUUGUAAUAAAUAAUGCUUCGUCAGACGAAGACUUGGAGAGGAUAAAGGGCUUGAUGGAUGGUGUGAGGAGUAGUGCUGAUGAUGCGGCGAGAUGGAUGCGUUUGGCUCAUGCAGCGUUCCGGCUUAGAUGCGAGUCGCCGCUGUGGGCUCGUGAGCACGCUGCUUUGCAAACUAGGAGGGAUACUUGUUUCUCUCAAGCGUUGUCAACGGUGACGGCGGGCCUGUUAUGCUGGUUAUGUUCAAUGCCUGGAGACAUCGUCGCUAAGAUACUAAGCUCCGGCCUAGGACCGCUGUGCGGUUUCGAAGGUCUAUUGAGUCUGUAUUCUACGGAAAAGGCGAUGUGGGGCGACAUGGUGGUGGCAGUUGAAGAUCUUCAGACCGUCGUGUUUACCCUAACUAAAGUUGGUCAUAGCAAUUCAGCCGUGCCACAUGUUUCUGGAACCCGAGGAGCUCUCACUGUCUACAUUCCUAUUUCUGAUUCUCUUUAUACAAAAUUCAAUUCCAAAGAGCAUCUAUCAUUCACAAUAACAGCAGUCUUCUUCAACAUCGGUGUCAAUGAGAAGGCGACUUUAGCAGAAGCACUAGGAGAAACGACGCCGCAAUACCAUUCCAAUAGUGACAACUUAGACAGAUUGAACAAAUACUACCAUAAGUACAGCAAGAUAUUCCCUACAGAUCAUAUGGCGGCUAGCAGAGCAUCUUCUAGAACUAAGCCCCUUGAAGAAGUAAUGGAAACCCUCCGGAUAUGUGUGCAUAAGAAGGUUCCGAAAAACGUGGAAGUUCUACACUUGGCUGCUUUAGCGACUAGACUUAUGAAUGGUAUAAGAUUCACAUCUUGUAAGAGCGCCAAGGACAGGACGGGGAUGUCGGUGACCCUGGAACAAUGUUCCAUACUGGCUUCAGAGUAUCAUCUUGCUGAGCACGAGAUGAAAAAGGCCCUCAGUAUCAUGAGAAGUGAGGGUUGCCGCAGAGAGAAUACACAGAAAAACAUAGGCAUCAGAAAGUAUGCGUUUACCAAGAAACAAGUAAUGGCUUUACCAGCCGACUACAGACCGCCACCCGGUACCUACGGCUCUACUCAAACGUAAAGGUACAAAACCAAACAAAAAUAAACUCUAUACAAUCGUAACAAAAUCUAAAAUGUUCAUAUCAUUUUGUUUCGUUGUUUAGCUGUAACCUUUGUGUAAAUAUGAACUCUGGAAUAUUUGAAAUUAUCAUAAAAAUCAUGAGGAGAAUUCAAAUUUUCUAUCGAAAGCCGAAAGCGGUUCCACAGUGAUACUAUAUAAUAUAAAAUCUUGUGAAAUAGGUUUAACAUUCAUAUUAUAUCUUAGUAGAAUUACAAUAGCAGAAACGAG